GCUGGACAUAGAAACUGUCAAGAACCCAACUCCUCCCAAAGAUGCUCUGACCGCUACCCUUCUGUUGUAAUCUACACGACUGACAAUUAAGCACCUUGUCGAAGUCCUCAAACCAUCCCAUGCCCGGCUCAUCUCUUUGGCUCGUCGCCCGCAAGGACGAUGAGCCAUUCAACAAGUCCCUGAAGGAACUGAUCGGUAGUACCCUGCCAUCAGACUUCCCCCAUGCGCCCAAACGCAAUUUUAUCCCACACGUGACGAUAACCUCAGACAUUGAUCCUUCAAAGACCUACGGAUCAUCGUCGCCGCAGGAGUGGCUUGACGGCCUCUCCCUGCCCGAGUUCAAGAAGGAGUCGAAUGAGGUGAACGUUGAGCUCGAGCAACUCGAAGCCGGGGAGCCCUUCUUCAAGAAGGUCACCCUCCGAGCCGCCAAAGAUGCCAACUUGCUCAAACUCGCUGCGGCGUGCAGGCAGCAGGGCCUCGUGCUGUCCGAGGGCGACGCGCAGGGGUGGGCGGAGCACGAAUACCUCCCGCACCUGAGCCUGUUCUACGGCGACAUCCCCCAGAGCGAGGUGCAAAAGAAGAUCGGCCUGAUCGAGCUGCAGCUGGGCUUCGAGUUUGGGAGUCUCUUCGAUUGCUGUGGGGGCACUCUGGCCAUGGGCGCGAAGCUCGUGCUGGUGGAUACCAGCCAAUCCCUCGAGGACUGGACACCCCUAGCGGAGAGAGACUGUCCCUGGGUCAUGUGGAAGAUGGCCAAAGGUCUGCUGUGAAGGGUCUGCUCAGGAUCCACUUUUGCGCCCCGACCGUGCAUCCAGUGUUGAUUGG